AGGGUAUCUUACUAUGAAAUUCAAUGUGAUAAUGGUGCAAAAAGUAAACAAAAAAGUUCUGGUGUAACGGUUUGCACUGGUACUGGAUCCAGUUCAUGGUAUUUUCACAUUAAUCAUCUUCACAAACAGGGAAUAAAAGAAAUACUAAAAAUAGGUGAAGUAAAUUAUUAUUUUAAAUUCUUUCUUGAUGAAGAAACAUUAGAAAAGAUAACUUUGGCCUAUAAUAAUUCCUUAAGAUUUGAUGCAAGUGAACCAUUCAUGGCUUAUACUAUCAGAGAUCCAAUCGUAAAUGCUGUAUACAGAGCAGAGAAACCAAGAGAUUUUGCAAGGAGGAUUUGGAUAAGGUCAAGGAUGUGGGAUUCAUCUUUAGUAAUAGAUGGAGAAUUGUCUUACCGUUUCAAUGAUGGUGCUGUGGCUACAUUUGAAAUUAAGGAUGAAGAUGCUCUAAGAACAGUUAUUUUUUGA